AGCAUUAAGCUCAAGCUGGCGAGGUUCCCAGUUCCCCAAAGGAGGCGCGGCGUCAUCAGCUUCGUAACCCACUUUAAUGUCAUCUCGCCAGCUGCUCUCCAGUCUCCAACCCCUCCGUCCGGGCGCGCGCAUUCCGCAACGUCCUUGCACGUAACAAUCUCGCGAAAGCAAGCAAAUUACCCCCUCCUCCAUCCUCGAGCGACUUUGCUUGCCAGCUACUCCUAUUAUUCUGCUGGGGACCUUCAUCUUGCACCAAAACGAUCCCUCUCCCAAGGAGAGAAGAAGUACAGGAGAGCGACCGAACAGUAGUCAUGUCUGCCCCCAUCGAAACAAACAAGCUUACUUCCUCGAGCGGGCCCGAGUCGCCUACAACAGUCCGACCCUUGGAUCUAUCCGACGACGAAGACGUCCAGGAAACAGGUGUUCUCGGCGGUGAGGCUCCCACUACAUCCCAGGCUACUACCACCAACUCCAACACCACCUCGUCCAAUAUGACCUCCUCGACACCCGCCGCCGCUGCCGAAGCGGCCCCACCAAAGCCCCCGAGGCCCUCCGGCGAGACGCAGAAGACGGAGGACAUCUUAAAGGAGGCUUUCCCCAGCAUCGACAUCUCCGUCAUCAAGGCGGUCCUGAGAGCCAGCGGCGGAAAGAUUGAUCCGGCGUUCAACGCCCUACUGGAAAUGACCGACCCCGAUGCGGCCCAGGGCGAGACCACCGACGAACGACCCCCUCCCCAGCCUCCCCGCCCCCAGGGUGGCGGACCGCAGCUAUCUCAGCUUGAGGCUGACGAGCUCUACGCGCGACAGCUGGCGGAACAUUUUGACAAUGUCGGCAGCUACGAGGCUAGAACGUCCAACCGGAGCCCCGGCGGCGGCGGCGGUGGCCGUGUGAGAAGGCAGCAGACCGGCCUCGAGCCCAGACCGAACUCCGAGGACCGCGAACCCAACUUCUUCGACGACGAGUUGCCGGUGAUUCAGGAGAAGCUCCGAAAGGGGUUCGUGGAGACGCAGGGCAAGGUCAACAGCUGGAUUACCACAAUGAAGAAGAGGUUCGACGAGGAGUUUGCCGACGAGGACGAAUCCAGCCAACAGCGACCGGGCCAAGGUCAGGGUCAGGGCCAGUACGGCGCCCGACGACCCGGCGAGUCGAGCCGUCGGAGCGGCGAUUACGAGAGAUACGACGCCGAUCCCCAGGUGCUCAGCGACGACUUUGCGGGUAUGAAGUUCACCGCCGACGGAACCCCUCUCCGCGAUAGUAACAGACCUCUGUCAAACCCUGACCUCUACAAACCCCCUCCACCCUCAAAGUCGCCCAAGCCCCACGACGGCCGUCACGUGGCCUUCAGAGAAGGCGCCGAGGAGAUUGACGUGUACGGCUCGUCGCCCAGACGCUCCGCCGAGGACCUGUCAGGUGCAAAGGCCAAGGCCAGCAAGUGGCAGCCCCUAUCGACGGUCGACCCGAACCCCAUCAGCGACAACGACCCCUUCAGCCUAGGCGACAGCGAAGAUGAGCGGGAGGCAAAGGAGAAGGCCGCGUCCACCAGCAAGGAUACUACUGCCAAGGACGCCGGCGCCAGCUCAGAGGACAGCGAGAGGCUCAAGAAGGCUGCUGCCGAGGCCAUGGCGGAUAGUCUCGUCGAGUCCAAGAGCGGCGAGGCGGCUGGCGCUGAGACCAAGAAGAACUGAAGAUCUAAAUAUCAAGAGCGAGGCUUGGACUGUGGUGGUCUGAGGAGGGAAGGCGGCUUUUGCGUUGAUACAGUACUUUCAUUUUCAGAUAUCCAAAAUCUCCCACUCCCAUGGCUUGAGCCACAGGUGAAGACAGCCUGGAAAACAGGGGGGGUCUCGGGAGGCAUGGCGAACCUGGGAUUUUAUGAUUCCCCUUUCCAUUUCACUAAGAAACGUACCUUUAGUUAGGACAUCUAAAUUGAGAGUAUCCCGCAAUGUUAUUACUGUUGUUCAUGUUUCUCCCUCGUUAUCGAAGAAAUCCAAAAUUGGAUUUCAUGUUGUCGCUUAGGAACCAGGCCGGUUUGCCGACUUGGCGGUGGUGUGAGU